AUGGAUUCUGAUUCAGAAACGGGAAGCGAUAAGACUUCGAUUAGCAGUUUAGGGAUGGAUUCUGAUUCAGAAACGGGGAGCGAUAAGACUUCCAAACCGUUAUACAGUAAGGGUACUCUGAUUCCGCGGUGUGUGUCGACUAGCUGUCUAGGGAUGGAUUCUGAUUCAGAAACGGGAAGCGACAAGGCUUCCAAACCGGAGCCUGAGCUCAUCUUCACCAGUGAAGAGAGAGAGACAGAGAGAAUGAGCGGAGUGGCGAAGAAGCUAGCGAACGUGACGACGUUCAAGGCGGGGAAGACCAUAGACUGGGAUGGUAUGGCGAAGCGUUAG